UCUUAAUAUAAAAGGCACUAUGCAGGUGGCAUCGUUAGAAAGUUUAUCUCCUUUUGGUGGCCACAAAAUCAUCCUUUUUUCUUGUUUCCUUAUAAAAAAACUUAGCUUUCAUGGCCAACAUGGGUCCUGAAAUUGGUGCAUGCCUAUUUCUUUCCUGAAGAAACCACAUGUACAGAGCUUCUUCCACUUCUGGAUGUUCAGCUUUCUUGAGUGUCUGUCUCUUGCCUGGCCCGCAGUCAGUAGUUGACACGAACUUCUUGAUCUUCU